AAUAUUCUGAACUUCUGAAGAAGUGCAUGGAGUUAAACAAGAACUCGUGCUGUCCUGGUUUCACCACCACGCCUCCUUAUGAUCCGUCACACCGAUAUAAGUCUCUCCUCCUCAGCUUUCUGCUUCAGUUUAGGAUCCGAGCUGAACCCAAAUAAACCGAAAGGAACAACAGCAGUGGAAAAGUUUUAUUUUAUUUAUUUAACUGGUAAAUAUUACCAGGUUUUUCAUUUUUGUAAAAAUGGCAAAGGAUUCUCCCGUGUCCUCUCUGGAUAAGAUCGAUUUCUGUUCUCUGAAGGACCCUGAGGGGAUCUUCGAACUAGUGCAGAUGGUGGGAAGCGGCUCAUACGGGCAAGUGUUUAAGGGUGUACAUGUUAAAUCAGGACAGCUUACUGCUAUUAAAGUCAUCAAUACGAUGAGGGCGGAUCAGGAGGAGCUGAAGUCUGAGAUGAACCUGCUGAAGACGCAGUCGCACCAUCGCAACAUCGUAACCUUCUACGGAGCGUUCAUCAAGAAAGGCACGCCCGUCCUGGGAGACCAGCUGUGGUUGGUGAUGGAGUUCUGCGGCGGCGGUUCUGUGUCGGAUCUGAUUCACAGCAGGAAUGAAAAGUGUGUAAAUGAGGACUGGACGGCGUACAUCAGUGGAGAAAUCCUCAAGGGUCUGGCUCACCUCCACAAAUAUAAAAUCAUCCACAGAGACAUUAAAGGCCAAAACGUGCUGCUGACCCAAAAAGCUGACGUGAAACUGGUGGACUUUGGUGUGAGUGCACAGUUGGACAACACCCUGUGUAAGAACACAUUUAUCGGGACUCCACACUGGAUGGCGCCGGAAGUCAUUAACUGUCAAGAAAAUCCUGAUGGUGCCUACAACUGUAAGAGUGAUGUGUGGUCGUUGGGCAUCACAGCCCUCGAGAUGGCAGAAGGAAAACCUCCUCUGAGCGAUAUGCACCCCCUUAAGGCAAUGCUCAUGGUAGCGCAAAGUGAACGUCUGAUACUAAAUCUGGGCAAAUGGUCACAGAAUUUCCAGUCAUUUAUCAAGGGCUGCCUGGUGAAGGAUCACACACAGCGUCCGAGCGCCAAUGACCUGCUGGAGCAUGCAUUCAUUUCCAACAUCCAAAAAGUGAUCCGCGGCAUCCGGCAUGAGAUUGAAGCACACAUGAACAAGCAGAAAGAAGAGAAAAAUCAAGCUGAAAAAAGAAGAGAAGCUCAGCCCAAGGAGAAAGACAGUGUUCAGGCCGGGUCACCUCCGAGGCACGGUGUUCUGGGUCCACAGAUGCCUAAACAGGAGGAGGAGGAGAGUCUAAGGAGAAGGCAGCAAGAAAGAGAUUAUACCAAGUCUGAAAUGCGGCGACAAUACAAAAUACUACAACAAAAACAUCAACAUCAACAACAACAUCAGCAGCAGCAGCAGCAGCACCAGCAUCAGCAGCAACAGCAGCACCAGCAUCAGCAGCAUCAGCAGCAGCAGCACCACCAGCAUCAGCAGCAGCAGCACUCCCCAGGGUUUUAUCAACAUGACCUGAUCUAUGAUAAUCUGAACUUUCCACAUGAGCAUAAGAUUCAUCCUCCCUCGCCCAACCUGCAGAAGAGUAAAGUCGCUUAUCCCUCAAAAGUCAAGCGCUGCUAUUCUGCUCAGCCUCAGAAGCAGCAUCAACACAGCAGAUCUCCCUCUAGCCCAAUCCCCGUGCCUCAGAUCUGCGUCUCACCGCAGGAUGAAUUUACCAGAAAACUGAGACACAAAAGCCCAGAUUCAGCAAAGUGCAAUUUGAGGAAUUACAAUUCAUGGAACGCUAAUUCGGCUAAUGAAUACAAACGUCGCUCGGCCUCCCACUCGCCCUGCCGGACAGGAGAACGAGACACCUGCAGGGAUGAAAACGGCAACAGUCUGCGAAAAGGUAUGCUGAGAAUGUCCAGCAGUCAGGAGUGCUUGAUGAACUCUGGACGAAUCGAUUUAGCUAGUUCCGCUCCUGAAUGCUCACUUAGACAAAUGACGGGCACUCGAGAGCGCCGCUUGUAUUCCGCGUCUGGUGGAAACUUCCUUGGUGUUCCUCAGCACCAUGUCCUGCCAUCUAUGAACUAUUUGGAGGAAAAGGAAAACAAUAAUAGAGGCAGGCGCUAUUCUUCACAAAAUGAUAUGGACUCGAUAUGGCCUGAUGCUCCACAGAAAAUUAAACAUGGUAUUGUUAACUCCAUGAAGGCGCUUGUUAGAAACAUGGGCCUUUCUCCUCGUGCAUCACCCCAUCAUAGUCCAGCUUCUUCUAGAUCUGCCUCUCCAAGCAGCAACAGCCCUACACCUUCCUCUCCCUACGGUUCGCCCUUUAGUCCGUCUGUAGAAUGGCCUGAUAGAUUUAGUUAAGCACACACAUUUCCCUGUGUUUUCUGUGUAAAUAACACAAUUUUCUCAAGACUAUGUUGACAUUAAUACUUGGAUAUAGUUACCUGAUAGCAUCUUUUGCUUGAAAAAAAACAAAAACAAACAAAAGCUUCCAAAUGGCGUAUUUAUUUGUUGGCCUAGCCAGUUUUUUGGUCAGUUUUUACUAGAUUGAUGUAGAUACUUUCAUACUUUCAGUUUUCUUAAUAAGAGUUUCCCAGAAUGCUAACAUCAUUGCUAACACUGCUUAGCUUCACCAAUGUGCUUAUUGUACACUUUCUAACCUUUUAUCACAAUUUAGACUGUAAUCACUGUUUCAUACACUGGCCAAUGUUAACACCUGAUGAAUUUAUAUAUAUAUAAUUAUUACUAUUUCAGAAGAAGGAACACUGCUAUAUCAAUCACAUCAGAACAGGGUUUGGGAUUAUUUUCAUUUAUUCUGGGAGUGAUAUGUACAAGUCAUUAUAUGUUUACUGUUUUGUGUUUUUUAAAUUUAUUUUCUAGAACCAGUUUUGUAUGAUAUUUUUAAAUGCAACUACUAACUGAAUUUGUAUUUGGACUACGAUGCUGUAUUAUUCACCGUUGAAUUGUGCUGAACUUAAAUAUGAAUAAAGUGUUCGUUGAAUAAAAUA